UAAAAUAAGUGACUAGUGAUAGUGGUUAAAGUAUUGAGCAUUGACUAUUUCUGCCUAAAGAAACACGUGUUGUUGAAUACAAUUGUCAAUUUUAAGAACCGCGUUGUCUGAUUUAUAUUAAAAAAUAUAUUUUCAUUAGUAAGUUAAAAAUGGGACGGAAAGCAAAAUUCGAUGAAACAAAAAAAGUGAAAAAAGGUCCAGGUAGAAAGGCAAGGAAACAACAAGAUCCUAUUUUUAAAAAGGAGUUAUUGGAAAAUGAUGAGACUAAGAAGCUCAGUCACAGACAGAAACAGCGAGCAGCAAGGAGAGCCAAAAAGAAAGCAGAGUUAACCGAGAAGAGAAAAGCAUUGAAGCAAGCUAAAAAAAAUGUUGCUAAACAAAAUGAGGUGGUACUCAAAGAAGCUUCUGAUGAUGAGUCUGGUGAUGAAAACAUUCAAGGUUUUACUGAUGACAACAAAGAAUGGCUAAAACCAAAACAGAAAAUUAAAAAUAAUGUAAAAGAGAUGAGUGACCAAGACAGUGAUAGUGGACAUGAUGAAGGAUCUGGUAGUGACAAUGAUGAAGACUUACCUAAAACUGGUUCUAGUCCUGAAAAAUAUAAAGUUGGAACUUUAGAUGAUUUGUUUCAAGAUUCUGAUAUGGAGAAUGGUGAUGUAACAUCAGAGGAUGAGGGUGCAGAUAGUUCUCUUAAGAUGUCAUAUAAUUCUGACUCAGAUGAAGAAGAAGGUAAAAGUGACGAGGAUGAUGAUGAUGGUGAUGAUGACAUGUUACCUAUAGAAAAAGCAAAUAUUAAACUGAAAAAGAAGCAAAAAUUGGAGAAAAAGCUUGCAGAUGAUGAAAUGCAACUCAAUAUUUCCAAACAGGAUGUAUUUGCAUUUCCCACUGAAGAGGAAUUACAAAACCCCACAAGCCUUCAAGAUGUGCAUCAAAGAAUUAAAGAUGUUGUUACUGUUCUAAGUGACUUCAAUCGCUUGAAACAAGAAGGAAGAUCCCGCUGUGAAUAUACAGAUUUACUUCUAAAAGAUUUAUGCAUGUAUUAUAGCUAUAAUGAAUUUCUAAUGGAAGUUUUAAUGCAAAUAUUUCCUGUUCAAGAAUUGGUAGAGUUCUUGGAAGCUAGUGAAGUUGCCAGACCUGUAACCAUUAGAACAAAUAGUCUUAAAACCAGGCGGCGCGAUUUAGCUCAAGCCCUUAUUAAUAGAGGUGUCAACUUGGAUCCAGUUGGAAAAUGGAGCAAAGUCGGUCUUGUUGUGUAUAGCUCCACAGUACCAAUUGGGGCUACUCCUGAAUAUUUAGCUGGUCACUAUAUUCUCCAAGGAGCAUCAAGUUUUUUGCCUGUUAUGGCAUUAGCACCUCAAGAAAAUGAAAGGAUAUUAGAUAUGUGUGCUGCACCAGGAGGAAAAGCAUCACAUAUAGCUGCAAUCAUGAAAAAUACUGGUGCAUUAUUUGCAAAUGAUGCAAAUAAAGAAAGAACUAAAGCUAUUGUUGGUAAUUUUCAUAGAUUGGGAGUUGUUAAUGCUGUAAUUUGUAAUUAUGAUGGCCGUCAGUUUCCUGAUGUGAUCAAGGGAUUUGACAGGGUUUUAUUAGAUGCACCUUGUACAGGCACAGGUGUUAUUGCAAAGGAUCCUAGUGUUAAGACAACAAAGGAUCAAAAAGACAUUCAAAGAUGUUUUAAUUUACAAAGACAGCUACUUUUAGCUGCUAUAGACUGCUGUAAUGCUAAAUCAAGUACAGGCGGUUAUAUUGUCUAUUCAACAUGUUCAAUACUGCCUGAAGAGAAUGAAUGGGUGAUUAAUUAUGCUUUGAAAAGGAGAAAUGUGAAGUUGGUUCCGACAGGUUUAGACUUUGGCACUGAAGGGUUUAUGAAAUAUAGGCAUCACCGGUUUCAUCCAUCUUUGAAGCUGACUAGGAGGUUUUAUCCUCAUACUCAUAAUAUGGAUGGAUUCUUUGUAGCAAAACUUAAGAAGUUUUCUAAUGUUAUACCUGAACCAGUCAAAGAUGAUGAUGACGAAGAAGCCGAAACAACAGAAGUCUCAGGAGACCAACCAAAUGGGAAUGUUGAAUCCGAUGUUGAUAGUCAACAGUCAGAAAAGAAAAGUGUAGGAGUGAAAAGACCUGCAACCUCUACUGAAACUGAGCCACAAAAGAAGAAAAAUAAGGCUCCCACUCAGAAAAGUACGCCUACAUCAUCGACUGUGCCUACGGCAGUUUCAUCUAAUAAUCAAAUUAAAAAGAAGAAACGUAAAAACAAAAAGAAUAAACCAAACGCAAAUGACGGUAACAAAGUACCUCAAACUGAACAGGUUCAGAUUGGCAGCAUAAACGAAAAAUCUGAUAUAAAGUCUCCAAAUAUAAACAUUCAAGAUAAAAAUAACAAACAGAAAAAUAUUAAUGAUACAGGAAACAAAAAUUCUACAGAAACAACUUUAAAGUCUCAUACGCCACUAAAUGAUAAAUUGUCAAACAAUUCCACUGCAUUAGUUGUAAAUAAAAAUGUAUCAUUAAAUCCAAAUCAGAAGAAUAAAAAUAAAAAGAAUAAAAACAAGUCUUCAAAUGGCAGUUCAAAAAGUGUAGCAGUAGUUAAUAAAAAUGAACUUAAAAUAACAGAGAAGGUAGAAGUGAAUGCGUCGAGAAAGUUAAAGAAAAAAUUAAAGAAAAAGAAUAAGCAGAUUGGUCAAAUAAGCGGGAAACAGGGAAUUUCCAGACCAGAGGGUAAACAAAAUGGCAUAAAUAAAAAAAAUAAGAAAAUUAAAUCAAAGUGAUUCAACUUCACUUUAUUAUUAAUGCAUAAGGAUUAUUUUAUUAAUGUUAUUAAAAUUAUGUAACAACUA